AUGCAUGCAAAGACAGACUCAGAGGUAACAAGCCUUGAUGCAUCUUCCACCACACGAUCCCCUCGGCGGCCAGCGUACUACGUGCAGAGUCCAUCCCACGAUGGAGAGAAAACGACGACGUCGUUGCAUUCAACCCCAGUUCUCAGCCCUAUGGGUUCCCCUCCUCAUUCUCACUCUUCCUCAAGCCGGUUCUCCGGUUCACGCAAGAUCAACAACCACCGCAACAACAAUAACAACAAGACAUCAUCAUGGAAAGACAUCGAUGUCAUCGAAGAAGAAGGUCUUCUCCAAUCCGAACACAAUCACCACACUCUCUCUCGUCGAUGCUAUUUCCUCGCUUUUGUUCUUGGCUUCUUCUUUCUCUUCUCUCUCUUCUCUCUCAUCCUCUGGGGUGCUAGUAGGCCCAUGAAACCCAACAUUUUCGUCAAGAGCAUAAGUUUUGAUCAUCUGAGAGUUCAAGCUGGUUCUGAUGCCACGGGAGUGGCCACUGACAUGAUAACACUGAAUUCAACCUUGAAAUUCACGUAUCGCAACACUGGCACAUUCUUUGGGGUUCAUGUCACAUCAACACCUUUAGAUCUAUCCUAUUCAGAAAUCGUAAUUGCUACAGGGAAUAUGAACAAGUUUCAUCAGUCAAGGAAGAGUCAAAGAUUAGUGAGCGUGACAGUGAUGGGGAACAAGAUCCCAUUGUAUGGAAGUGGUGCUAGCUUGAGCAGUUCAACGGGUAUGCCCACAGUGCCAGUGCCAUUGAAAUUGAGCUUUGAGAUUCGAUCCAGAGCAUCCGUGCUUGGCAAAUUGGUGAGGCCCAAAUACUACAAGACGAUUCAAUGUUCAAUCAAUUUGGAUCCCAAGAAGAUUAAUGUUCCAAUUUCCCUCAAGAAUUCUUGCACAUAUGGUUGAGUGGAACAAAAGGAAGGAAGAAGAAGAAGCACAUGGAAAAGAGUAUUAAAAAAAUAAUUAUAAUUAUAUAAUACUUUAUGAUUCAUUGGUGUUUUUUGGUUGAGGAAAGAAAUGGGAUACAGCUCAUGGGGCAGCUGUGGAGGCGUUUGGGCAGGAUUGGAACAACACGACUUUUUUUUUAUUGGACUU